CCGGAACAAAGUGAGCACACCGGUCGCUGAUUGGCCUGUGGACGCCUUCAAACCACGAGCGAGUAAGGAAGAAGUAAACAGACAUGGCAGGAGAGAAGUCCGCGUUUGAUCAAACCUUUUUGUUCAGCUCCCUUCCCUCCAAGAAGUUCUCCUUCCUGCAGGACAAAGACACGUUGGCGCUGUUAAUGAAAUGGUCCAUGCUGGGAAGGAUUUCAGCUCAGUCUUACAGCUUUGACCAGAGCUUUUGUCCUUACAACAGUGAAAAGUUUGUUCUGUGUUUCUUCAGAGACCCUGACGUGGUAUCCAGUCUGAAAAAGAUGGAGGCCGGAGUCUCGGUGCCUCUUGACAAGCCGGUGGUGUCUGUCGAUGUGGAGCUGGUGCCGUGCACUAAAGUCUCCAUGGAGCUCUUUGACCCAAUCUACUCUUGCGGCAUCCUGAGGCCCUCUGGUCAUAUAGUGAAAUGCUUUCAUUAUGCCUACCCCGACUAUGAUGAACUCCGACAGAUGCUGCAGGAGGAGGACUCUGAGCACUACGACGUGGUGAGGAGAGGGGAACGAGGAGAGUUUCUGUUUCGCCUCUUCAAGCACCUGUGUCUUGGGGGAGAACUCUGUCAGUAUGAGGACACCAUUGAUCCGUACAUCAACACCACAAAGCAAGUGUACAAAGAUCUGAUCAGUGCUCAGAAGGAUCCAGACACAAAGAAGAUCAGCGUUGUCUCCACGGUGAUCAAAGUUAGCGCCUACGAUGAAUUUGGCCGAUGUUUCCCCGGGAUACGAGAGCAGGAGCAGACGUUUGCCUAUUUGAUCGUCGACCCCUUCAAACGACACGUGACUCUGUUCUGCCACUUCUACGGUGUUGGAAACCUCACUCUGUGACCGCGAAGAAAUAAUCCUGUUGCCUGAGUCGCACACCUUCUGAUCAAGCUGACUGUGUAUAUACAAACACAUCAGAGUGACAGCUUUAGCUUCAUGGAAGCUCUGCCUUCAGUUAACUUCCCUGUUUAGGAAUUUGAUGUUACAAAGGAGAAGGAAUUAUGAAUUUGUUCUUUGAAAGUAUGUCAAUAUUUUUUAGGCUCUAGCGUAAGUUCAGUCGAGAAGACUACUCUGCUGCUGCUCAGGACUGAUGCCCACUACUACAAUGUCUCCUCAUGGGGUCUAAGCCCCAAAGACUAUCAAUAUUUUGUCAUCACAUAUCAUUCUGUUAAAUCUGUAAUAAAUAUUAUUUCUUCAUUCA